GGAUUGCGCGUGCGUGCCUUCUACAGAAGGUACACAAGGCAAAUAAACUGUUUUCAACGCAGGUGAGUUCUGAAGGUUUUAUUUUACCGUAGGAUUGUCUAACCAGAAUUUAAUAUGGAUGCUCAAAAAGAUGUGCAACCGCCUAAACAGCAACCCAUGAUUUACAUAUGUGGAGAAUGUCACACAGAAAACGAAAUCAAAGCCAGAGACCCCAUCAGAUGCAGAGAGUGUGGUUACAGAAUAAUGUACAAGAAAAGAACGAAAAGAUUGGUUGUAUUUGAUGCCCGGUGAACCUUCCCAGCCCAUGGAUAUACUUUUCCCUGCUCACUUUUAUUUUGAUCUUUCAGUUUCAUAAUUAUUGCAUGUUUCAUACUUUGGGAAUAAAAAAAUGCUGUUAAGAUGU